AUGGAUGUAUCCAUGCUGGCCGAUACAAUCUCUGCGCUCGAAGACCAGACCUGGCGAGCCUUGAUGGACAACGGUCGUGCCCUUCUUCCAUUCCUCAGCCGUGACUGUGUCAUGCUCUUUCCCCUGGGUAUGAAGAUAUCAGCCAGAACACAGCCGAACCUCGAAGACGUCAUGAAGUCAGAGGCAUUUGUGCCAUGGAGACGUUACAGAUUGAGCGAUGUCGAGGUCACGCCGUUGGGAACAGAAGCGGCAUCCAUCACAUAUCGAGUCAAGGCAACGAGACAGCAUAUCACCGACGACGAUGAUGAACGUUCUGAUGAAUUCCGAGCCUUGGUUUCGAGCGUCUGGAAGAAGGAUGCUGAGGCUGGAAGAUGGCAGAUGUGUACACAUCAACAGACACCAUACGAGGAGGAGCUUUAA